AUGGCUCGUCUUUUCAUGUUCGCUUUCAUCCUUGCUGCUCUUCUCGCUUCCACCAUCGCGGUUUCCACCCCCAAGAAGGAGACCCCUGUCGUUGACGCAAGCAAGGUGACGCUCGAGGGAAAAGUUCGAGCGUUUUGUCCUAUGAUCUACAUUCCUUGUCACAGUGGUGAAGAUUGCAGUAUGAUGGGACCGGGUUGUGAUUGUUGCAGACAUGAUAGUUGCGUCCCCUGCUUCUAG